UCUGUCAGGGAGAGAAAGGGGAAAAAAUUGACAAAAUGAAAAUGUACUACAAGUGUAAUUUUGCCCUGUCACAUUUAUUGAGGAUCCAGAGAGGAAGAGAGAGUCUCACAACUUCUUGGCACAUUGUGAAAAAACAAACAUGGCGAGGCAGGGCGUGCGUCGUCUCUCUCAUUCCGUCUGUUUGGUAUUGACAUGUCUGUCCCUGGCUCUCCACCUCAUCCUGGCCCUCUUCUGUCUCUCCGUCCUCCAAACAUCCUGCGUUAUCCCCCCCUCCUCCUCCUCCUCCUCCUCUUUGUCUUUUCCUGGAACUAUUCCCCUUGGAAAACAGGGGAGAUCUCACUCCCUUUCCUCACAAAGCAGCUCACACAAAUUACCAGUAAGUCGCAUGAAUGGAGACUUUACCAAAAUGGCCGCCCACAUAGACCACAAGGUGGAGGCCUCAUUCAACAUUGUCAAUGAAAAGGAGAAGGACAAAAAGCUGAUUCAAACCAAAAUGGCCACCAAAGUGGUCAGUGGUCAACGGGUCAGCAGUCGCUCCAAGCUUGAGGCCCUCUUCAGCCACCCGCUGUACAACCUGCCACGCAAACAUCUGCUGGAAGACGAUUGGCUGCUGAAGUUGAAGCCAAAGAACAAGGGAGGGGACAGUGAGGAGGAAGAUGAGGAGGAGGACAGUGACAAAAGCAGUGAAGAUAGUGAGUGGCAGAGUGACAGCGAGGAGGAUGGCUAUGACCGAGCUAAUUGGACGAGAAGUGCGGACACCCACCCUGCCUGGCUGAGGUACCACCUUGGGAUCUCUCGCUGGGAGCUGUAUGACAGGAAUGACCCUAGCGUUGCCGAGGUGACUCAACAGAUGGCCACACAACGCAUCCUCAGCGCAGUGCAGAAGAGUGGGGGUACCCAGCUCAAGUUGAUCAUGUCAUUCCCCAACUACGGACAGGCCCUCCUCAAACCCAUGAGGCAGGAGAGAGAUGCAGAGACAGACUUCAACCUGUUCUACUUCUCUGACUUUGAGAGACACAACGCAGAGAUUGCUGCCUUCCACCUAGACAGGGUACUAGGUUUCUGCAGAAUCCCUCCAGUGGUAGGUAGACUCAUCAACGUAACCACAGAGAUCAGAGCUAUCACCACAGACCACAAACUAUCCAGAACCUUCUUCACCUCUCCUGUGGGUAAUUUGUGUUUCCACGGCCAGUGUGAAUACUACUGCUCCACAGAGAACCCAGUGUGUGGUCGACCCCACGUCUUGGAGGUGUCCCUGGCCUCCAUGCUGCCCGACAUCUCCCUGGCCCCAAGACGCUCCUGGAGGUCCCCUUGGAGGCGCUCCUACAGCCGCACCAAACUGGCACCAUGGGAGAAGAACCCAGAUUACUGUGACACAGUGAAACAGACUCCUCCAUACAGCCAAGGCACCAGACUGGUGGAUCUAAUUGACAUGGUCAUUCUGGACUUCCUCAUGAGUAAUAUGGACAGACAUCACUACGAGACUUUUGAGAAGUUUGGGAAUGACACUUUCCUGCUGCACCUAGACAACGGGAGGGCGUUUGGGCGUCAUUCUGUGGAUGAACCCUCCAUAUUGGUGCCCUUACGACAGUGUUGCAGGAUCCGUCGUUCCACUCUCAUGCGUCUGCGUCUCCUGUCCCUCCCGGGCUUCCGUCUGAGUGAUGUCAUGAGGGAGUCUCUGUCCCAGGAUCCCCUGGAGAGUGUGGCCCCCCUCCUCUCUGAACAACACCUCUCCGUGCUGGACCGUCGUCUGAAAACCAUCCUGCAGGCUGUACACACCUGUCUGGAGCACCAUGAUGACGUUAUCCAUGAUGACCUACAGGGAUAUGAUGUUAACUUAUACCGGCACUAGACAAUAAUUAAGACUGAACAUCCAUUUACAAAACCAUCAUUGCAAGAUGUCUAUCAUUGGAUUCAGCUGUGGUUGAUGAUAAGAUGAUUGUAUUUAUCAAUCAAUCAGUUAAUUAUUUGUAUACAUGCAUGGCACAUUUUAACUGCGUGUGUUGCCUUAUGAAAUAAAAAAUGCUAAAGUGUUGUAGCAUUACAAGGGUGGAGUAGAGUUUUCAGACAGCAAGGCCAUUUGAUCACAACAAUGCCAGCACUC